AUGAUCAUUCUCCCUCAUAGCAUCGUCUCAACGGCGCAACAAGUCGAGGCUCUCGCCCCGGAUGCUGGGCUGCUACCCAAUGGCAAGUCUGGUUCGGCAGGGCUCGAUAGGAGGGUUUCCUCUUCCAAGCUGGAGAACAGGAAGACAUUCUCGAUGUUGUUGCUCUCUUCUGUCAACGGGUACAUCCCCCGACCUGCUGUCUCACACUGUGUCCCUCCAACCGGCUCACACCGCUACUUCGCCCUCACUACACCAACCCCUCUUUUGACGUCGUCUUUCCCCGGCCAGGAUGAAAAGAGACAUGGCCAAGUCGUUGGCGCCAGGAAGCCAAUGAGAGAACGCCAGAAAGCCCGUCUUCAACUCUCCUCAUUGCUCCACAGCCAUUGUCUUCUUCGUGGAAGCGAUUCGCAACUGAACUUGGUUGUGCCGUCAUUGCACCUCUUGUUGUCCUCGGCAUUCUCCAUGCUUCCCCGCUCCCGCCUCUUCUUUGCUGAUGCCUCCGGUGCUUGCCCUGGUCAGUCCUUCUUCUACCGACAGCCCAUAACCGAGCGAGAUCAGAUCUUUUUCGAGGCUUUCAGAGGGCCACCCAAACCAAACCGUUCACGAGCGGAGCUUUACCGCUAG